AUGGCACCACAGUCGUCGGAUGCCAGUUCUUUACAAUCAACCAGUGGUCUAGUUCCUCCGGAAAACCCACGAAGCGGCGAAUCUUCACGAUUGCAGUUAGAGCGCAGUGGUGCGAACAGGGAUCGAGUAGGGAUCCAACUAAAGAUACGAGAGUUUUACGACGAACGUGAGAAGACUCCACCGUAUUGUGCGGAGGACUUGCCUUACGAGUCCAAUCAUGAACAAAUUGGGGAAGGAGCUUACGCGAAAGUUUACAAGACUACGAUCAAGGGAGGCUUCUACAAUGCCGGGCAAGGGCCCAUCUCAACCGAAGUGAAAAUCGCACGAAAGGAAUUUUCGGGACCGAGAGCAAAGGAGAACUUCCUGAUCGAGAACAAGAUUUGCCGAGCCUUUCACGAGCCAAAAUCCGGUAUCCCCAGGGUGAUUGUGACCCCGUUGUUCAGCUACGCUAUCGAGGACGCUGACGGCAAUGUCAAAUACAACAUCUGCUUUGAGCUUGCGAGAUGCAAUUUGAAGACUUGGCUGUCGGACGACAAGAACUUUCCCAGUGGCAAUAAAGUUGCAAGGAUCGCGAACAUCAAACGCAUGUAUGAACUUGCCUCAGGGCUGGAGUGGCUCACAAACACAAUCACCUUUGAGAAUGGGUCCUAUGGACGCCAGAAGAUCAUACAUCUCGACUUGCAUUGGAGGAACAUUCUAGUAUUUGAGGGCAGCGAUACCCGGGACAGUUUGAUCUUCAAGAUAGGCGAUUUUGGGAACGCUACAAGAGGACGAGAGUUGGAAAACAGACAAAAAUCUAGCGUCCCAUCGGCUGCAGGCUUCCAUGGUCAAUUCUCCGCUCCCGAACCAAAGCCCGACGAGAGAAGUGAUGUAUGGUCUUUCGGAUGCAACUUGUUGCUUGUUUUGGUUUUCAACUACUAUGGAGUCAAAGGUAUUAACGAGUUCCUUGCAAGCUUGCUACGGUACUCUUCUCGUGACUGGUUUUACGAUAGCAAGACCGGUGCAGCGAGCCACGAGACCACAAGCUGUAUAAAGCACCUUCGCCGGUUCGUCGAGAAUGACCCCGAUCGACUCGUCACCACAAAAUUACUUGUCGUGCUGCAGGAAAGGAUACUGGUGCCGUUGAAAGGACGGUGGAAGAUUUCCCAAGUAGUGCAAGAACUUAGGGGUUGUUUAAACGAACAGAAAACCGUCGAGCCAAAGAUCAUGGUGAAGCAAAGAGAAGGACCCUAUCAACACUGUGCUCAUGCUCCCAAAGGGCGAUUUGAGAUGUUUCAUCACCACGCAGAGAAAUACACCAUGAGUGUUUGGAUCUGGAAUAGUGGAAUGGCCUCGGAACUACCAUUCCUAGAGCCUAUCGCUGCACCCCAGUCAGGACAAGCGAAAGAUCAACCGAAGCGCAUCUACCCCCACUCUUCUUGCUGCGGAGAAAGGCACAUCUGCCAGGUCAUCACAAAUUCCGACACUCUUGAGGUGUUUCUGUACGAGGUGCCACAGAACGCCACGGAACCCGUCUUGAGAGACUUCGUCAGAUUGACAGAUACUAAGGAAGUCACACACGUCGCAAUAGCACCAAGCGCUGAAUACAUCGCCAUUGAUGCAGAUCGUAGAUUGCGGCUUUAUGAAACGAAGCAGCUGUUGGAAUCCAUGAAGAUGAUUGACCAACUGUCUGGAAGCGGUACGGUUCCCGGUGAACUGUCACAAAUUGGGGUCCGCAGUGACAUGCUUGACCUCUUGUGCAGAUUUGAAAACGAACGUAAGCAAGCCGAGGAGCAGACAGUGAUACUCAGUUUCUCUCCCGACAACCGGUUUCUGUAUCAUGCGUACAGGACAGUAUCCCCGGAAUGUGGCAACAGCUCUUACUGCAAAAUCACCGUCAAGAUUUGGUGUACCGAGGAUCCAACACGACCACCACUAGAGUUUUCAAGAGACAAGGAUGAUGUCGAAAAAGAAGAGUUCCUUAUCGGUCUGACACCGUUCAACAAAAGCCAAGAGGUUUUGAUUGUUACCUGCUACGACAAACUCACCCGUCACACUUUCGAUCUUGACGGUAAGGAAACUCCCCGAGUUGUCAUCGACAUUCCAGGAGAUAAGAUCGAAGCCAUCCUGAUCUCUCCAGAUGAUGACUACGCUGUCCUUCUGGGUCGAAGACGGACUCUGAGUGUACAUGUGGUCGACCUUAAUGAGGGCCAGCUGUGCUACUCAAAUGAGCUCAAGUUGUCGAAAACGCAUAUUCCUACACAUGGUUUCAAUCGGCAUCGCGACGCAGCAAGCAUCAUCGAUCGCGAGACCUUGUUAAUUACCUAUCAGAACGGCCUCUCGGUACAUAUUACUUUGAAACCCGCCUUGGACAUGCUUGAUCGUAAAAGGAAGUAG